GGGGAGAAGGAAACGGGCAGCAGCGGGCUGUCAGGGCGCCAUGUCCCCGCGGCUCUCUCUCUCUCUCUUCCGGUGUGUCUCCGGCUCUCGGGUUAGCUCCCAGACGCUAGCAGGUUUAGCCUUUAGCUUUAAUCUCACUGGAAUUAAUACUCAGACAUUCCUCCGGUCGUGUUCAUGUGUUUGUGCCUCGUCAUUAUUUCUACUAUAUUUUUUAAUAUUUAUAAAGAUGUUUAUUUAUAGCUAAUCUGACGCGACAUUCCUCACCAGCUCUGGAGCUCCACCUGCUCCAGACUGCACUAAACCCUCUAGCCGGGGAUGCUAGCUAUUUAACCCGGCUUAAUCCGGCCCUCAUUUGCAUAAAGACCAAAAAUCCUGAUUCAUUCUAUAUUAAUGCGCGGAAAUGAGGCGAUAAAUACGGACCACAUUCACCAGUUUUUCUUUAAUCCGCACAAUUCUGCCAAAUAUUUCCAUUAAAUCUGCUUCUCUAUAACCCUCUCACACAGGGAGAUUUUUCCUCAGGUCAGUUUAACGGUUUUAACGGUCAUAACGGUCAUAACGGUCACUCAGCGUUUUAAAUUCAAUACGAUUCUGCCGUUAAAUAUCGUUGAUUUCCCCAAAAUUAACCUUCAUAUCCUACCUGACCUACUACACUCUGUCAGCCAAUCAGAACCCAGCCUGGAUCACGAAAACCUUCUGACUGGGUGAUACUUUGAUUGAAAUAGAAACGAGGCGGGGCUUAAUUACUGCUUUAGUUAAUUGUGUAGAAACUACGUGCGUCACUGAAAGAUUUCAUAAUUUUGUAAAUACGUAGAGAACGAUCGCAGACACCGAACGUAAAUACAUCUGGAAGUUAUUGUACGUCUGGAAGUUAUAGCACGUGCACAGACAGUGAUCUUCAAUACAUCUGAAAUUUAUUGCACGUACACAGACAACAAUCGUAAAUACGUCCAGAUCAUAAAAACGUUAACAAGUGUAAAUUUAUCUGGAAAUACGUAGGAUGUGGAUCCUGAAUUGUCUGAUUCAGAUGUAGAGAAUGAUGACUGUUCAUUCACAUGACCAUGUGGUGAAGUAUUAGCACAUGCCAAAAUGAUUGUAGAUGCAUUGAGAAAUGUUAUAAGCAUGUUGUGUUGUAUCCUACAUGCAGUGCCCUGGUAAAUAUACAGUCUGUGUGGCAUAAUUAUUGGCACCCUUGUGAAUUGAUACGAGUAAAAUUUGAAGUAAAUUGCUAUCAACUGCUAUUUGACUUUGAAGCACACCAGGGCGAGCAGGAACAGGACUUCCUGUUAGACAGGGGUAUAAAUCUGAGGUAAAACACAGGCCAAAUUCCUUUAGUAUUCAUCACUGUAGGUAAGACCAAGGAAUAUCAUCUUUCACAGCCUUCUUCGCUUAUAAUCUCCGAACGACUUCAGGAAUUAUCGCACUAUGAAUGCACAUAUGUCAAGAACGAUUGUAUGUACGUCACAAACUGUGAUUAGUAUGUUGCAGAUGAUGUAAUGACAGUGAGAAUAAUUCGGAAUACUGGGAAUUUUCCUGAGUUUUUAGAGAAACGGUGGAAGUGUGUGUGGUCUGGAUUUAUCGUAAUCCAAAAGAUAACGAUCAUAAAUACGACCAGAACGUAAGAUCGUAAAUAUGUCGAAAAUCAUGUAUCGUUCGGAUAAAACGGUUGGAAAUAUGUAGGGAAGGAUCGGAAGUUGUACGGAACGAUGGACGAGAUGAGUGUCUGAUGAAAUCGCAGGAUUCAUUGUAACAUCUUGUAUUGAAUGAAAGCAUUUUGUCUCCUUUUUCCUUCUCACCUUUGCCUUCGACCCCCCAAUGCCCUAACGCAUGACGCGUUUGAUGCUCGACCAUGGUAAACGUAAAGUACUGAAGUUAGAUUUCGCCAAUCCGCCAGCCUCCAGAAUCAGCCCCGCAGGACCGCCCUUCCAGAACCCUCACAUAGAACGCUUGCGCACACACAGUAUUGAAUCGUCUGGAAAGUUAAAGAUUUCUCCAGAGCAGCUCUGUGACUUCACGGCAGAGGACCUGAAGGACCUGGGGGAAAUCGGCCGAGGAGCGUAUGGCUCCGUCAACAAGAUGGCCUACAAACCCAGCGGACAGAUCAUGGCUGUGAAGCGAAUCAGGUCGACGGUGGAUGAGAAGGAGCAGAAGCAGUUGCUGAUGGACCUGGACGUGGUGAUGAGGAGCAGUGACUGUCCCUACAUAGUCCAGUUCUAUGGAGCGCUUUUUAGAGAGGGCGAUUGUUGGAUUUGUAUGGAACUCAUGUCUACCUCGCUGGACAAAUUCUAUAAAUAUGUAUAUUCCACGUUGGAGGACGUGAUCCCUGAGGAGAUUCUGGGCAAAAUUACACAAGCAACUGUGAAGGCACUUAACCACUUAAAGGAAAACUUGAAAAUAAUUCACAGAGACAUUAAGCCAUCGAACAUUCUGUUGGACAGGAGCGGGAACAUAAAGCUGUGUGAUUUCGGGAUCAGUGGGCAACUAGUCGACUCCAUCGCCAAGACCCGAGACGCAGGCUGCAGGCCGUACAUGGCGCCGGAGAGAAUAGACCCCAGCGCCUCCAGACAGGGUUAUGACGUACGUUCAGAUGUCUGGAGUUUGGGAAUCACACUGCACGAGUUGGCGACCGGCCGGUUUCCGUACCCAAAGUGGAACAGUGUGUUUGAUCAGCUCACACAGGUGGUGAAAGGAGAUCCUCCACAACUCAGCAACUCUGAGGAGAGACAGUUCUCACCUAAAUUCAUCAACUUCGUCAACCUGUGCCUUACAAAGGACGAUUCGAGGAGGCCGAAGUACAGAGAACUUCUGAAACACCCGUUUAUCCUGAUGUAUGAGGAACGCUCUGUAGACGUGGCCAGCUACGUGUGCAGGAUCCUCGACCAGAUGCCGGCGUCCCCCAGCUCACCCAUGUACGUGGACUAACGUGGACUAACCACACGUCCACGUGUGUGUGUGUGUGUGUGUGUGUGUGUGUGUGUGUGUGUGUGUGUGUAUGUAUACACUCCAGCUUCGUCAGUGUUCCCCGGAAAUACAGAGACGCCCCACGUCUGCACGUACCGUCUCUCUCUCUCUCUCUCUCUCUCUCUCUCUCUCUCUCUCUCUCUCUCUCUCUGUCUGUCUGUCUGUCGCUGCGUCUCACCUCACAGGUCUCCACUUGAGGAUGUCUCGUCCCUGGACUCAUACUGUACAUACAUCCUGCUGCUCUGUGUGUGUGUGUGUGUGUGUGUGUGUGUGUGUGUGUGUGUGUGUGUGUGUGUGUGUGUGUGAUGUAGGAGGUCUACCACAUCACGUCAGUCUGUCUGCUCUCUGCCUUGAUGCUGAUGGUUCGAUCCCAAAUGCCCUGCUCUAUAACUGAGUGCACUACGUAGGGAACAUCAUGGCUCUCACACCCUGUGUAGUGUCACUGCUGCAUUCAGGAUUCGACCCAUGAUUGUGUUCUUACUGUAAUACACGUUCUGAUAUAUGAAAUUAAUAAAACUGGAAAUGUACGUGUCGAAAA